AUGCCCACCAAGAAGGACGAACGCAAAUACUUCGAUUCGGGUGACUACGCCCUCAGCAAAGCCGGCAAAGCCUCCGACUUGGGCGUCACCAACAUCGGCUCACGCCACCCAGUGCCGGAGAACAUCCCGCACCUAACCUCAACCUCGCCAGGUGCUAACAACUCUGCCAACAAUGGCAGUAUCAGCUCUCAAGGUGGGCAGCAAGUUCCCGGCAGCAUCAGCGGGCACCCUGGUUCGAUCGGGUUUCAAAGCCGCAGCCCGAUCAAGGAGGGAGGUAGCUACCUACACCGCGGUACCAGUAUCAGUGAGGGUGAGGCAAGCUCUGGUCUGGCCUCUGGUGAGAAGGAGCUUAGUGUCAGUCCCCCCGCUGCGAGAGAGGGUGUUCCUAUCCGUCGGUAG